CUGUUUCUCAUAGUGAGCAGGCAUAUUUCUUUUUCCUUUCUUCCAGAUAACGGAGACUCUGUUGAUUACCUUUAUUCUGUGGUCUGUGAUCUUCAGGUAGGAUUGCCAAGAGCAGCUUAGAGAGCAGUUUUGAAGAGCAGAGGAUAUGGUGAAAGGCAAUCUUUUGUCUCAGGGUGUGUCCGGGUUUCAGGCAGACUCCAGAGAAUUCCCAGCUGCACAGAUCUCUGCUCCAGGCUUCUCCACAACCCACCUACCUCCCCCUCUGUGGGCCUUGUUCUCAAAGGCAGUUCCCAGCACAGGUAUCACAGCAGAAGCACAGAUGAAAAUGGCAUGGUCCCUAGACUUCCGUCUACUCCACCUCCUUGUCUGCCUCAUGUCGGUCCAGCUGCUUACCCCUUGCUCAGCUCAGUUUGCUGUGAUUGGACCUCCGGGGCCCAUCCUGGCCGUGGUGGGUGAAGACGCUGAGCUGCCCUGUCAUCUGUCCCCGAAGAUGAGUGCAGAGAACAUGGAACUGAGGUGGGUGCAGUCCAGCCUCAGGCAGGUAGUUUUCAUGUAUGCACAUGGCAAGGAAGUAGAAGACAAACAGACAGCAGAGUAUCGAGGAAGAACUGAGUUUUUAAGAGAUGGCAUCACUGCAGGGAAGGCUGCUGUCCGAAUUCACAACGUCAGAGCCUCUGACAACGGAAACUACUUGUGUUAUUUCCAAGAUGGCAACUUCUACGAAAAAGCCUUGGUGGAGCUGAAGGUUGCAGCACUGGGUUCGGAUCUUCACAUUGAAAUGAAGGGCCAUGAGGAUGGAGGGAUCCACCUGGGCUGCACGUCCACCGGGUGGUAUCCCCAGCCCCAAAUACAGUGGAGAGACGCUAAGGGCCAGAACAUGCCAGCUGUGGCAGCACCCCUGACUGCAGAUGGAGCAGGCCUGUAUGCAGUCACAUCAUCUCUAAUUGUGAAAAGCAGCUCUGGGCAAGGGGUGUCCUGUGUCAUCAGAAAUCUCGUCCUCAUCCAGGAAAAGACAGCCCGGAUUUCCAUCGCAGACCCCUUCUUCAGGAGGGCCCAGCACUGGAUCUCCCUCUUCGCGGGGACCCUGCCUGUCUGUCUGCUGCUUCUCGCGGGGGCUGGUUACUUCCUGUGGCUACAGAGGAAGGAAAAGGAGGCUCUAUUCAUGGAGAAAGAGAGGGCAAAGGAGGAAAGAGAAACAGCACGAGCAGAAAAGGAGAAGGAACAAAGAAUAAAAGAGACACUCCAGUAUGAACUCAAGUGGAGAAAGAUCCAGUACAUGGCUCGUGGGGAGAAGUCUCAGGCCUAUCAUGAGUGGAAGAAGGCCCUCUUCCAAGCUGAGGAUGUGAUACUGGAUCCAAACACAGCAAACCCCAUCCUGGUGGUUUCUGAUGACCAGAGGAGCCUGCAACGGGCAGCUGAACGACAGAAUCUGCCAGACCACCCCGAGAGAUUUGAUUGGCAUUACUGCGUGCUCGGCUGCAAGAGCUUCACGUCAGGGAGACACUACUGGGAGGUGGAGGUUGGGGACAGGAAAGAGUGGCACGUCGGGGUGUGCAGGGAGAACGUGGAGAGAAAAUGUUGGAUUAAAAUGACACCCGAGAAUGGCUUCUGGACCAUGGGGCUGUCUGGCGGGAAUGACUAUCGGGCUCUCACUGACCCCCGGACCAAGCUGACAGUUGCCAACCCUCCUCAAAAAGUGGGGGUUUUCCUGGACUAUGAGGCGGGUGAGGUCUCCUUCUACAACGCCAUGGAUGGAUCUCAUGUCUACACCUUCCCACACACCUCCUUCUCUGGGCCCCUGUGGCCUGUUUUCAGGAUUUUGACCUUGGAGCCCACUGCCUUGAGCAUUUGCCCAGUGUCGACAGGAGCGGGGAGUUCCAGUGUUCCUGACCUAGUGCCUGACGCCGACCUUUCCCUGGAGACACCAGUGGCCCUGGGCUCAGCUGAUGAGAACGGGGAGCCUCAGGCUGAAGUAACGUCCCUGCUUCUCCCAGCCCAGCCUGAAGCUGAGGGCCUCUUCCCUAACAGCAGCAACAAAUCACAGCCAUAAGAUACUACAGGCACACACUGUGUGGAGCACUGCACUAAUAUGAAUACAAUUAUUUAUUCCAUAUGGGCAGUUGAGUUUGAUACCACUUUAUUGUCUCUUUUAUACGGAGAGGAGACUGGGGUGCAGAAAAGUGAAUUCACUUCCCAAAGGGUCACUCAGCUAGGAAAUGACAGCUGGGAUUUGAAUAAUAAAACAUUUACAGAUGACUUAAAAUGUACCAGGGGUUGUGCUAAAAGCUUUAAAUAGAUUUCACUCCCUUAAUCCACACAGCAACCCUAUGAUAUAGCCUCAUUUCGUGAGUGUGGAAACUGAGGCAGGGCCAAGUUAGGUAACUUAUAUAACUCAUUAGUUUGUGUUGCUGGGGCCCCUGGCUCCCAUCCCCACGCACCCUCUACCUCCUAGCCUGUUUUCCAGCCUGACUGCCCCUGUGGGGAAGGGACCACAGACAGCCCUGAGCAUCCCUUCCCAGGGCACCCCAGGGUAAGGAUCACUGUAGGUCACUAUGGAGGCCACACCCCACUGGGUUCCUUCAAGGUCAACUGUCACAGCCAUAGGUCCAGCGCUUCAUUGGAUUGGCUCUGCAGAGUGACUAGGUCCAGAGAAUGAAUUCACAGGGACCGCAUCACACAGGACUGCAAAGGGACUAAAGGCCAAAGUCUUAACUACGAAAGGGCAUGUGUGCCCCACCCCCACCGCCCAUCAAUGUGAUGUGUGUUGGUGGAGCCAGAACCAAUCUUCUUACGUUCAAGGCCUCUAGAAAGCCUAACUUAAUACCUAAAGACUAUCUGUGGAAUAAGAAUUUAGGAAGAAUGAAGCUAGAUGAACUUUAGUGGCAUUUUUAUCACACUGUAGACUCCAUCUCCAGGAAAGGGAUAUGUUCACGCCUGAUCAGUUAUUGAUGUUAACAGAUGUUCCUUGAGGCUGAUGGGUACUGAGCAGAAGUUACUCUUCGGUCAUCAUCACUAUUUUGUUCACUGAUGUAUCCCCUCUACCCGGCAUGUGGUUGUCAAGUUACAUUUGUUAAAUAAAUGUGUUAAUAACCUUCACUCUUCAACGGAGCCAUUUGUAG